UAGUGAUUUGGUAAUGGCUGGCUGCUUUUUAGGUUCCACCCUUUAACUUGAGGACGUUCCUGAGAGAUCUGAAAUCUUCGAUGCUGAGGAUUUGACACGAUCAUUGUGCCAAAAAUAUAAUCUUUCUGCAAGUGGGAAUGGAGAAUUGGGUUUGAAGUUUGUAGUUAGGGCAAGGAAAAGUGGUGUGGUGUCGAGUGUAAUGAGUGCACACAUGUGAAGUUGAGUCCACAACAGGUGUUUCGAGAGUGGGGUUUUGUGUGUUAUCGCCUUGUUCGUCCUUUUCCUCUUUUCUUCACGCCUUAAUUUGUCUCUGAAAUUUGGAGCAAUAGAUAGCAUUCUAUGGAAUCAGUACUUGGUAAUUGGCCAUCCUACGACCCUCACAACUUCAGUCAGCUCCGACCUUCGGAUCCUUCUAGUUCUUCUAAAAUGACACCAGCCACUUACCAUCCUACUCAUAGCAGGACCCUUCCACCACCUGAUCAAGUGAUAAGCACUGAAGCCAAAAAUAUCCUCCUGAGACAUAUUUAUCAGCAUGCUGAGGAGAAGUUGAAACCAAAAAGAGCUGCAUCUGAUAACCUUUUACCAGAGCACGGAUGCAAGCAACCUAGGAUUUCCACCUGACACUUAUCAGUGACCCACUUUUGCAUGUGAUUGUGAGCUACUUUUUCAUAGAUAUACUCUUAUUUUUCAGAGUUUAGUGCUUGUUUGGGAUUGUGAACUAUUUU